AUAAUUGAUAAGAAUCCGAAAGCUUAUGAUUCUAUGACAAAAGACCCUCUCCCAAAAGUAAAGUGGAAAAACACAUCCCCGUGACUAUAUGGAGCAAUCCAAUCUGGUUCACGGGUUUCUCUAAAACUUGAUAUAUAUACACCUUCUCAUGCACAUUCAUUUCAACACCACAAACACAAACAAACAUAUAGAAAAAGAGAGAGGAGGAUAAUAAUAUGGCGAGCAAGAAAGCAGCUAUGGUUAUGAUGGCGAUGAUCGUGAUAAUGGCUAUGUUGGUCGAUACAUCAGUAGCGAUAGAUCUCUGCGGCAUGAGCCAGGAUGAGUUGAAUGAGUGCAAACCAGCGGUUAGCAAGGAGAAUCCGACGAGCCCAUCACAGCCUUGCUGCACCGCUCUGCAACACGCUGAUUUUGCAUGUCUUUGUGGUUACAAGAACUCUCCAUGGCUCGGUUCUUUCGGUGUUGAUCCUGAACUCGCUUCUGCUCUCCCCAAACAGUGUGGUCUAGCCAACGCCCCAACUUGUUAAAAGACUCUGUAUACGUGUGUUUAUGUUUUUUAUUACUCCUAUUCUAAAUAUCGGAUGUUAUUAAUAAAUCGUAUUUUCUGCCAAAUGGCGUUUAUGGGUUAACCCCAAAAACUGGUCAAAAGAAAAGAAAGAGGACCAAUCGAAAACUACACAAGGCCCAAACACGGAAGGGCAAUUUCGAAAAAUAUGUAACCAAUAAGCGAUAGAGAGAAACCACAAAGCACAAAUACAGAGGUUUAUGGUUUCACUACCUCUGACACAGUAUUCAACACUCUGACACCAAAACAAC